AUGCCUGAAGCCGGACGCAACAGUGGCGGUGACCUCUUCGAUAUGGCGAAGGAUGGCACCACCAUUCCUGCCGACGCCGCAGAGCCCAGAUACAUUCCAUCCAAGCCGCGCCCUGAUCAAAUAGCUUCAGCUGCCGAUCCGAACAACCUGGGCGGACGGACUCUCGCCGAAGCAGCGGACAACGCAGGUGAUAUUCCAAGAACCACCCGGGAUACAGAUGUCAACGAUAUCCUGACCGGAACGGGAGAUUCGCUCGGCGCCAACGUUGCCUCGAAGAGACUACAUGCGGUUCCAGGCGGUGUGGUUCGCGACCCCCAGGCCAAGGGCUCGACCAGGACAGAUGAAUACUCCAAGACGGCGUCGGAUUUCGACAGGGGCGCGUCAGAUGGACCUGGCGUAGACAGGGCUCCGGGCCAAGAAGGCUUGAGCGAUGAGCAAGUCAUGGACCAGAUUGAGCGUAAGGAGGUGUAA